AUGGCACAUCGUUUAAAUCAACUGCGAACAUCAACUUUGACAACUCAUGAUCAAUUCACAUCUCUAUCAUCUACUGUUACGUCGUCUCCACGUACACCAGGAAAAAAACUUACUAAAGGUGAUCCUAUUGUUACUGGUAUUCGAUUACGUCCAUUUCUCGAACGAGAAUCUGCUAUUGAUGAAACACCAGCUGUACAAAUCUUUGAAAAUAAUGUUAUUUGUACACAAAAUAGUCGACCACAAAUAUUUAAAUUUACACAUUGUUUCGAUGCUUCUGCAAAAAAUAAAAAUGUUUAUGAUGGAAUAAUUCGAUCAGCUGUUCUUGCUUCUUUACAAGGAUACAAUACAACUGUUUUAGCCUAUGGUCAAACAGCAUCAGGCAAAUCACAUUCAAUAUUUGGUUCAUCAUGUGAAGAAGGCAUAUUAUCAUUAAGUAUUCAUGAUUUAAUAACAAUGAAUGGAAAUAAUCAUUUAAAAUUUGAAUUAAGUUUUCUUGAAAUUUAUAAUGAAAAAGUAACAGAUUUACUUGCAAUACCAACAACAUCAAAUGAACAUUCAAAUCAAAAAUCAUCCACUAAAUCUUCAACAACAUUAUCUUUCUCUAAACAAGCACGUACACAUAUUUUUAAUAAACUUGUACCAAAUUCAAAUACAACAAAUACUUCAACACGUACACUUGAAAUUCGUGAACAUCCUUCACUUGGUCCAUAUGUUCCUGAUUUAAAAUACAUUCAAGUUAAAAGUAAAGAAGAUUUUCAAAAUGUUUUAAAUUUGGGUAAUCAACAACGUUCAGUUGCAUCAACAAAUGCUAAUCAACGAUCAUCAAGAUCUCACGCUAUAUUUACUGUUAAAAUAAGUCGUAUUGAUAUACCACAAUCAACAAAUAUGCGUUUAUCAUUUGGAUUAAAUACAGCUCAUUCUUUAUCAAAUAUUGGAAAACAUUCAACAUUAUCUAGUUCAUCAAAGAAAAGUGCAAAACAACAAGCACAAGAUGAAUUAGAUGCACAAGCUGUACGAUUAAAUUUUGUUGAUUUAGCUGGUAGUGAAAAGUCACAACAAUAUAAUGGAACUCAAGGAAAAAAUGAUCGAUUUGCGGAAAGUGUUCAUAUCAAUCAAUCGUUAUCGACACUUCGUAAUGUAAUUGAUGCAUUAUCUCGUCAACAAAGUCAUAUUCCUUAUCGUGAUUCAAAUUUAACUUAUCUAUUAAAAAAUAGUCUUGGUGGCGAUGCAAAGACAUUUAUGUUAGCAACAAUUAGUCCAUCAUCGACUGUUAUUGAUGAAACUAUUAAUACAUUACGUUAUGCUGGCCUUGCUUCAACAAUAACUAAUGUACCUCGAAUAAAAACUCCACAUUUACGACAUGAAAUUGAUGAAUUACGUGAAGAAAAUGCACGUCUUAAACAAGAAUUAUUUCUUGUUAAAUCUAAAUCAAUGCCAUCAAUACAUCCAACAAUAAAUAAAAUAACUUUACCACGUAUUGAUGAAUGUAUACAAACAAGUUUUCAAGUUGAACCAUCAAUAUCACACGAAGAAUUAAAUAAUGAUGAAAAACUUGAUACUGUUGAUGAAGAAAUUUUAGCUCAAAUUGAAAAUCAAUGUCGUCGACCGAAAAGAAAACGAUUAUCUGAACAACCACUUCAUGAAAUUGCAAAAGUACGUAAAAUUGAUGAUACAAUGCUUCAUCGACGAUUGGGAACAAUUCUCAGUUAUGUUACCGAUGAUUUUUCAAUAAUCAAUGACAAUGGAAUUCUUGUUAUUUCAAAUGAAUUGGAUAUCAAUGUUAAAAAGGAUUCAUCAUCAUGGAUGAAUGCCUUAGAAAAGUUCGAUCGAAAUAUUGAUAUUAAUUCAAUGACGAAAAAAGAGAUUGAUUCUAUUGUCAAUUUAGCAUCGUCUACUUCAUUUCAUUUCGGACAACUUGUGUGGGCAAAAUUGGCAUCAGCACCAUUUUGGCCUGCUGUUAUAUUUACUGAAGAAAAUCAAGAUUGGAUUCGUCAUAAAGGAAAAUCUACUUAUGUGCAUGUUUUCUUUUUCGGUGAAACUGCUGAACGAAGUUGGAUUCAAACGACACGUGUUUUACCAUUUAUUGGACCAGAAAAAUUUAGUAGACAACGUAGAAAAUGGCGUCGUAAAAUGAAAAGUAAAUCACAAGAAGAACAAAGAUUAACAUUAAAAGAUAAAUCCAAUUUAAAUAUUGCUAUUAAACAAACAGUUAAAUUAUCGAAACUUUCAUUACGAAAACGUAUUACUAUUCUAAAAAAUGAAUGGUGGUAUUGGGAUGACAUUAAUCAACCAGAAUUAAUUAGUGAAGUACCUACAAAAGAAACUAACAUUGAAGAAGAUAAAUCAAUUCUAAUUAAAGAUCAAGAAAAUGAUACUGAAGAAAUUUUACAAUUAUUUAGUACAAACCCAGAUGAAUUAGAUGAUAUAAUUUGUUUAUCAGAUGUGUCUACAGAGAAUAAUGAAACACAAUCAUCUUUAAAACAUACAUCAUCUGUUUGUUUUCAUCCAUUAACAUCAUAUGAAGAAGAAACAAUAAUUCGUGAAAUGAUUUCCUCAUUCGAUAAUUCAUUUUUAGCAUGUCGUUGUCGUGCUGAAAAAGAAUAUUUACUUUGUAUUCAAAAAAAUUUUCCAUCAACAUCAAUUAUUUCAGAACAUUGGUUCUAUCUUUUUCUUUUUCGUCAUUGUGAAAGAUUAGCUCGUACAUUUCCGAAAUGGAUUAAUGAUAUGAAGCUUUUAUUAGAACAAUCUCCACUUCUUUCACCAAUGCAUCAAUCACAAAUACAAUCACUUAUUAUUUUGUUUAAACAAUACUGUAAUAACCAUCAACAACAGUAA